AUGGCGACCAACCUGCCUGAGGUGCCCGACGCACCCAACGUGUUUCUUGAAGCACUGCAAGACGAAGAGAUUGCCGAUAUGCUUCAAUACGAAUGGAACCGACGUAGAGUGAAAGGAAGUCGACCUGCCAUGCACCAGGAACGUCUGCGGGUUCGUUCCAUUGCCGCUUCAACUGGUCUUGCUGCCGAUACAGAAGAGUCAGCAACUGAAGAUCCUGCCGUACCUCGAAAGACACUGCCAACGAAGGGCGUAGGGAAACGGCGAGCCAGUGCCGAACACUCUUUGAGCAAGCGAGCAAAACGUCGAUCACGCCGCUCUCGAGAAGGCGAGUGCCCGUUCGCCAGCGAUGCCGAACCCGAAAGCUCCGUGCCUGCGACUGCCUCUUCGGAACUUCAUGCCAAGGAAUACCCCAUCGCAAUACUGCUGCCUAUUCAGGAUGGUCGCAACGUCGUCAUACGCAACGGCAUUCCUGCUCAGCUCACGAAACUGCUUCGCGAUGAAGUCAAAAAAUGCCUUACGACCAAAUUCUGCAUCAGAGCUUGGAACGAUGCCGACCAUGAAGAUAACGCUCUUUGCAUGCUCACCGCGGCCUAUGGAUUUAUCCGCUCCUAUCUUGUCCCGAAGGGUCAAGGGGCGUCCAGAGCGUGCGUUGUCUGCUGCACAAGUCCCGGAGAGAGCGGCCCAAUCGCCCCAAGGCCUUGCGUCAUGCUACGGGCGGAUGCAAAGGGGGAGUACAUACUGGCCCUGCCCUUGCCAGAGGAUUUGCGAGUGGGUAAGGGGUGGAAGGAGAGGGGUUUCUGGGUGAAUGAGACGCCCCAAGCUCCUGCACCCCGAGCUUUUGCACCCCGGUUCGAUGCGUUGCGCACGCGAAGUGGGCACAAGGACCGCAGCGAUGGUGGCCGUAUGGUUGAGCGCCGCGCCGGAGGCUUCGAGCUUGGCUGA